AUGGCUUCAGCAGGUAGCCUUCUCUGUGUCCGUGCCUUUGUCUUGUUGGCUCUUGCAGCCACAGCUUUCUCUCAGCUUUCUCCCAAUUUCUACGACAACUCUUGUCCACAUGCUUUGUCGACUAUCCAAAGUGUCGUCCGGACUGCAAUAUACAAAGAGCGACGCAUGGGGGCUUCUUUACUGCGUCUGCAUUUCCACGAUUGCUUUGUUAACGGUUGUGAUGCUUCAAUUCUUCUGGAUUCUACACCCACCAUUGACAGCGAGAAAGGAGCACUUCCCAACAACAACUCUGCCCGAGGGUUUGAGGUGGUGGACAACAUCAAGUCCGAGGUGGACCAAGCCUGUGGUGGUCCGGUGGUCUCCUGUGCAGACAUCUUGGCUGUCGCAGCUCGUGACUCUGUCGUUGCGCUUGGAGGGCCAGCAUGGGAGGUGCAACUAGGGAGGAGAGACUCAACGACAGCCAGCAGGACUACAGCCAACGCCGACAUCCCGGCGCCGACCAUGAACCUCACCCAACUGAUUGAAAACUUCAAAAACCAAGGCCUCGACGAGACAGACCUUGUGGCGCUCUCCGGCGGCCACACCAUAGGCUUUGCACAGUGCGUCGCCUUCAGGGACCGCAUCUACAACGAGACGAACAUCGAGGGAGCAUUUGCAGAAAAGCUCAAAUCCAUAUGCCCAAGACAAAGCAAUGACGGGGACUCAAACCUCGCGUCCUUGGACCCAACACCCGCAUAUUUUGACCCGGCAUACUACUAUAACUUGGCUCAGCGCAAGGGGCUUCUCCACUCAGAUCAGGAGCUUUUCAAUGGAGGCAGCACAGAUGCGCUGGUGAACAAGUACACCUCAUAUCCCAUUGCUUUUUGGCAGGAUUUUGCUAAGUCCAUGGUGAAGAUGGGCAGUAUAAAACCGUUGACCGGGUAUCAGGGUCAAAUCCGCUUGAACUGUAGGGCAGUGAACCAAUAA